AUGGAGGGAGAGAUAAACAAUUUCAUUAUGGUAUGGAGCAUAGCUGCAGCAACAAUGUGUUACUGUCAGAGAGUUGGGAAGCUUAUCCCAGAAGGCGCAUCGAGACUCGUAGCCAUUAUCCCUGCCGUAGUGGUCCUUCUUCUCCUUCCUCUAAGGCUCAUAUCAGUUCACCUUGGAGGAGCCACUUCUUUCUUCCUAGGAUGGCUUUCAACCUUCAAGCUCCUUCUCUUUGCCUUCGGGAAGGGCCCCUUAUCCUCCAACCCUCCCCUCUCUCUCCCUCACUUCGUCUCCAUCGGAUGCCUCCCCAUCAAGUUCCAACGCAACACCACCACUUCUUCAAAAACCCAAACCCCCAAAUCGCCCUUCAAUUACGCUUCAACAGCAAUGAUCGUCCUCUUCGCCCUCUUAAUCCCCCUCUACGGAAAGAAAGACUAUCUUCACCCCAAGUUCGUUCUUUUCUUGUACGGCCUCCACAUGUACAUAGGCUUGGAGUUCAUCUUCGGCACCAUCUCCAUCACCACCCGGAAACUCCUCGGCGUUGAGCUGGAACCGCAGUUCGACAAGCCCUACCUCUCCACUUCGCUGCAAGAUUUCUGGGGGAAGCGGUGGAACAUCGUGGUCAACCGUGUUCUGCAUCCAACCGUAUACGAUCCCGUCGCGACUCUCGCUGGCCGUAUCAUUGGCCGAAAGUGGGCCCCACUCCCCGCAAUUCUCGCUUCAUUUGCCGUGUCCGGUCUGAUGCACGAGCUGGUCUUCUACUACAUCAAGCGCGAGACACGCACGUGGGAGGCUUGGGAGCCCUCGUGGGACGCCACGUGUUUCUUUCUCCUUCAUGGAGCGUGUGUGGCUGUGGAGGUUGCGCUGAAAAAGGGUCUGAAAGCGAAGAAAUGGCGGCUCCCUAGGGUGGUGUCGUGGCUGCUAUCGUCGGUGUUUCUGCUGUACACCGCGAUUCUGAUGUUUCUACCUGCUUUAGUGAGGUGUCAUGUUUAUGAGAAAGCAACCAGAGAGUUGACCGCGUUGACCCAGUUUCUGAAGGAUGUACGGUGUUUCGGGGUUCACGCGUUUAGCUAA